AUCUAUGGAAGUGACGGGCGGGCUCUAUGGCGGUGACCGCCGCGGCUGCGCACACGCGGCCCCUCCUCCGUCGGGCUGCGGGCGCUGCGGGUGCGAGAGGCACCGGCACCGGCAUGGGCGUGCAUGUGGAGACCAUCGCCCCCGGCGACGGGCGGACGUUCCCCAAGCGCGGCCAGACCUGCGUGGUGCACUACACGGGUAUGCUGGAGGAUGGGAAGAAGUUUGAUUCCUCCCGCGACAGGAACAAGCCGUUCAAGUUUGUGAUGGGCAAGCAGGAGGUGAUCCGUGGCUGGGAGGAAGGCGUCGCUCAGAUGAGCGUUGGUCAGCGGGCAAAGAUGACCAUCUCCCCAGAUUAUGCCUACGGCUCCACUGGGCACCCAGGAAUCAUCCCACCAAACGCCACUCUAAUUUUUGACGUGGAGCUCAUGAAAUUGGAAUGACCCAUCCCAGCACCCUGUCCUCGGGUUUGGCACAUGGAGGAAUCCAGAAUCUCAGCUUCAAGAAGAGUGCACAUGACUUUGUACGGAGCUUUUCCUGAUAGUCCACUACACUCAUUGUAUAACCUUACACCUUGAUUGAAUGCCUUUGGUCACUAAGCUUUGCGUCUGACUCUUCCUCCUUGUAUCGUGUUUUUAUGUCUUUUUAAACUAUACACCGUAAACCUCAACUCUUUUUGGGUCAAGUUCUUAAUCUUAUUUUUGUUCCAGGUGUAGACUUCGUUUUCCCAGUAGCACGCAGAUGGGCUGACCUUAGAUAGGAGUCAUUUGAACAAAAGGAAUCCUGUUAGUUACUUGUUUUGGUGCAGAUUUAUGGUGUUUCCAAACCAGAAAUUGCUGCUGCUGCAAAAGCCAUAGCAGAGUGAGGUUGUUGAGGCUGAAGGGAUGCAGAGAGCAAGGUAGCACUAGGAUUGUUUAUAGGAAUUCUGCCUGGAGUGGGACAGCGAGGGAGCCUGGCCUUUCCCUGCUCCCUGGGGAGCACCACUGCAGGCCUUGUGGGUUUGCUCUGGGAAAGGAGGGCUGCCCUGCCCCUGCUUCACCCUGCCAUCUCAUGGUGGGCCUGCCUUCCCCUCCAGAUCAUUUUUGGAUUUAGGGAGUUGGGUUUCCACCAGAGCUCCACCACACCCCGAAAAUCCCGUAGCAUGGAGCUUUCUUUAAAGAAAAAGAAAAACUGGACAAAGGGAAGGUGCUGUCUGCAGGGGAGGUGGUGGGGGCUCAACAAAAACGCCUCUGUCCUCCUCCUUCCCCAUGAAAAGGAACCAUCAGCCCCCCGCUGUCCUGCUCUGAGCACACCUGCCCAUUCUCUCCUGCCACCUGAUGCUGGUCAUCGCUGCUUGCCUGGUCUCACAGGACGCAUAGCUGUCCCCUGUGCCCCUCCCUCUGCCCUGCCCGGUCCCUUGGUAACAGAAAUUCCCACCAGUCACUUCCUUCUCCGCCGCACAAAGGUAUCCAGUUUAUUAUCGCAAUAAAAACGCUUUAUGCUGGCUUUUCUCA